ACAUAUCUGGACUACCAAACAAAGCAUUUGAACUCAACUGACAGUAUUUUUUGUCUUUUUUAAACAAUGAAGGGAUCGUACUUAUGUUUCGGCACCAGUGUUCCUCACAAAUAUUCCUAAAGAAAACGGUUUUGGCGAGUUAAACCACAAAACUCUGAACUACCACCCGGAGCCGUUAGUCGGUGUGUCUUGGACACCAAAACGAACGCUGCUGAAGUAACGCGGGAAACGCUCCAGUGUUGGUUCAGUGUUUCCCAGGGAGGAGCAGCCGCUAAUUCAUAGACUUAAGGAUAUUACCAUUAUUAGAGACAUUAAAUGACCCCACAAUCUAGCCUUUCGCUCUGAUCUGAACCAAAAGGCAUCCUUGACAACCCCGCUGCCAGCCGGCCGUGUUGUGUCCGGACCGUUUGAACCCGGAGGAGCAGUUCAGUAUAUGUCGGUCCCCGCGCUGCUCGUCAACGCUCGUCUCUAGCUACCGAGCGGUUGUUAGCUCACACACAAAGAGGGCAGUCCGGCUCACGAGCUCCACAGCCACCAGACGGCCACCAGCUCUGUUGAUUUGAGACAUGGAUACGUUUCAGAAGGUGGAGAAGAUCGGAGAAGGGACGUAUGGGGUAGUUUACAAAGCCAAGAACAAAGUCACCGGAGAAACUGUUGCCCUCAAGAAAAUCCGCCUGGACACGGAAACGGAGGGUGUUCCCAGCACUGCCAUCCGAGAGAUUUCCCUUCUCAAAGAACUCAGUCAUCCAAAUAUUGUCAAAUUGCGUGAUGUCAUCCACACCGAGAACAAGCUCUACCUUGUUUUUGAGUUCCUUCAUCAGGAUCUGAAAAAGUUCAUGGACUCCUUCACAGUUGCUGGUAUCCCACUGCCUCUCGUUAAGAGUUAUCUUUUCCAGCUGCUGCAAGGCCUGGCCUUCUGCCACUCUCACAGGGUUCUUCAUCGAGACCUGAAGCCCCAGAACCUCCUCAUCAAUGCCCAGGGGGAGAUCAAGCUUGCAGACUUUGGCCUUGCUAGAGCCUUUGGGGUGCCUGUCCGCACAUACACACAUGAGGUGGUAACACUUUGGUACAGAGCACCAGAAAUCCUCCUGGGCUGUAAAUACUACUCCACAGCUGUUGACAUCUGGAGUCUGGGAUGCAUCUUUGCUGAAAUGCUCACCAAGAGGGCCUUAUUCCCCGGCGACUCUGAGAUUGAUCAGUUAUUCCGAAUCUUCCGAACCUUGGGGACACCUGACGAGACCGUCUGGCCAGGAGUCACAUCGAUGCCUGACUACAAACCUUCUUUCCCCAAGUGGGCCCGGCAGGAUUUAUCCAAAGUGGUGCCGAUUCUCGAUGAAGAUGGAAGAGAACUGCUUGGGGAAAUGCUGAAUUAUGACCCAAACAAAAGGUUAUCUGCUAAAAACGCCCUUGUACAUCGAUACUUCCGCGACGUCACGAUGCCAAUUCCUCAUCUGAGACUCUGAGUCAUCCAAACAUCCGUCGAUUUUAAGGCCAACAAUGUCGCACCAAUAAGGACCUCCUCGUCACGCCUCGUAUCCACGACUUGAAUGGACAGAAAAAGUGGACACUACAGGAUAUGUUGCAUCCUUAAAUGGAUAUUUGUUAAAACCUAAAACCAGCUUUCUAGCCGAUCGUUGUCCCGAGAGUUGUUUUUCCAGCCGUGAUGUUAUCAUUGUUAUGAACGUUUAACUGUAAUCUUCAACAUCAUUAUUUUUGCAUAUAUAUCUGCAACUGCCAUUUUUGAUGUAAAUGUCAAUUUGUGAUCGAGAUGCUCUGACCGAGUGCAGGUAGACUCAAUCUAGUUGUCUAUUAUAUUUCCAAGUAUAAAUUAUAUAUGUUGACUUUAAAUUCAAAUAGUCAAGUAGUUAGAAUUUAAGUUUGUGGGAUAGUGCAAAUAGCAAAUGUCGUCCUUUGAGAGACUGAGCAGUGGCUGAAUGAAAGAAGUCAGUGACGGUCGUCACGCAACAGUUUGUGCUAAAAGAACACGAGCCGACAAUCGUGUUCUUUUAGGUUUGUUUUCUUUGAAUUCAUUACCUUUGGGUCUCAAGUAUCUUGAAGGGAUUUCAUAGCGGCACCUUUUGGUUGUUAACACACAACAAUGUUUCUCGGUCGUUGAGGUUUGCUGGCGGGAUUUCUCACCAAACUGAAGUUCUCAGCUUUGUACAUACAGCUGUGAUAUACAAACGUUCCCUGUUGAAGUUCAGAUUUUACAGAAUUCCAUAUGCGGUUGCAUCUUUCUUACUCUAGAUUUUAUUCAAAUGUAAUGAACCUUUUUUAUGGAUAUUGUUUAUUUACAGUUUGCAAAAAAUAAACUUGUCUCAACAAC